CCUCCUUUGCCCUCGAAGAAGCAGUUGCCCUCGACGUCGUUCUGGUAAAAGGAAAGCCAAAACCCUAAUCUGCUUAGUGAACGUCUCCUUCCUCUUCCUCUCGUCACGCUCUCACUGUCGCUCUCGCACUCAAGCUCUCUCGUCUCCGGUCUCGAGCUCCAGCUCGUCGUCGCUCUCUGUCUCGUCACCGUCUCGCAGUCAGCGCGCGCCUUCCCUGCUCUCGUCGUCGCCGGCGGCAGAAGCAUCAGGUACCGGGGCACUCAGUCGCGUGCGUCGCCGGCGGCAGAAGCAGCAGGUCCGGGGGCACUAAGUCGCGUGCUUCGCCGGUGGAAGAAGCAGCACGUUCCGGGGCUGAUCGUCGUUGUCGUCUGCUUGCUUCGAGCCUCGCGGUCAGCUUCCUCCUCGACGUCAGCAGCUGGUCCCCGAUUUGCAGUUACUGCCUCAAUUAUUAAUUCUGCUGCAGAGCAGGAAAGGUAAGACCUUGUUAUUUGGGUGGUUUUGGUGUAUGCCAUGGAUUUUGAAUCCAAGUAUGAUAUUGCUGCCACUGCCAACUUCAUUCACAUUCACAACUUCACCAGAGUUGCUUUACAAUUUCCAGAUCAUCUCCUAAAAGAUUCAACAAAAGUGGUCGCGGCUCUACGCAAGAGACUACAAUCGUUUACCCAACCUAUUGGCACAGGAAAUUGGGAUGAGACAAACAUUGGACUGUUUGUGAUGGCAGAUACCACCUAUGGCAGCUGUUGUGUUGAUGAAGUUGGAGCAUCACACAUCAACGCUGAUGUUGUCAUACAUUAUGGACAUACAUGUUUUAGUCCGACAACAACUUUACCGGCAUAUUUUGUUUAUGGAAAGGCUUCCAUUUCCACAGCUGAUUGUGCUGAAAGUAUUUCAAAAUAUGCCAUGACCAAUAGCAAGCCUGUCUUGGUUCUAUAUGGGCUGGAAUAUGCACAUUCAAUACAACAGAUAAGACAGUCACUGCAAGAAUCAUCAAUUUUAAAAGUUCACUUUGCAGAUGUUCCAUCUUCUUUUAUGCUUCCAUCAAAAGAUAUUACAAAAAUAAAUGGGGUCUUGGAACCAGCUAGUGGUUGUAGUAAUACCUCUACAAUCAAUGGGGCUAGUGGGACUACAUAUAGCAUGGGAGGAUUGAUUUGGAAACUACCUGAUGGACAAAGCAUAGAUGACUACUUGCUCUUUUGGAUUGGAAUUGAUAAUUCAGCUUUUGCAAAUAUUGUGCUCACAUUCAAUGUCUGUGAAAUAGUCAGAUAUGAUGCAACAGAAAACCAAGUGAUGACAGACUUGUCACAACAAAGGAGGAUUCUUAAGCGUAGAUACUACCUGGUUGAGAGGUCUAAGGAUGCUAAUAUUGUUGGGAUUUUGGUUGGAACUCUUGCUGUUGCUGGCUAUCUACACAUAAUAAAUCAGAUGAUGGAGCUCAUUACUGGGGCAGGAAAAAGAGCCUAUACUUUGGUUAUGGGAAGACCAAACCCUGCCAAACUAGCCAACUUUCCUGAGUGUGAUGUUUUCGUAUACGUCUCUUGUGCUCAAACGGCUCUGCUGGAUAGCAAAGAGUAUCUAGCACCAGUUAUUACUCCGUUCGAAGCAACAAUAGCUUUCAGCAGGGGAAGUCAGUGGACAGGAGCUUAUGUGAUGGAAUUUGGCAAUCUGAUUAAUUUGCCUCACGUAGAAGUCCAAAACCAGGAGAAAGAAGAAGCACGAUUUUCAUUCUUUCAGGGUGGCUACGUGGAAGACUUGGAUAAUCAAGAACAUGUUGAGGAAGAAAGAGAAAGAGAGGCUCUUGCUUUAGUUAAUUCGACUGAGAAGGCGCUGCAAUUGCGUGAUAAUUGUAAUUCUCUAGUCCAUAGUGGUGCUAGAUCAGGGGCAGAGUUUUUAGCAAAGCGAUCAUAUCAGGGUUUGAAUAUGCCCAAUGAGAACACCUCCCCAGAAGCAUUUGUAAUAGGACGAAGGGGAAGGGCAUCUGUGUACGAGGAUGAGAAGAACAAACGUGAACUUCCGUGACAUUCAAAAUUUUGUUACAACCUGCUAAUAGUGAAUGUAAAGGCACAAAUAUGGUAGGAAUGGCUGAGGGGAUUUUGUCAUAUGCAGUAGAUUAUUGUAAGCAGGGUAGAGAGUCACCUAAACUCCUGUAGCUUGGGGAAAGUUGAAUUGUAAAACUCAACCCUGUAGACACAAACAAUUGUAACAACUUGUGAAUUAACUUACAGUUUGAUCAUUUUGAAUU